AUGAAGAUGAAGCAGAAGGGCUUGGAGGAGGCGGAUAGAGGAGAUGGGAACACAGGUGCUUAUGAUAGUAACGGUAAUGGUAAUGGUAUCGAGACUGUCAAUGUGCUGCAUAAAGCGGAGAUGGAUGCUGAGGGGAGGGAGAGGGCUGAAUUGGAGGGUAAAGGGGUGGAGGAGGGUGUGAAGGGAGAUGGUGAGGCUGAGGGUGUUGGGGAAUUGAUGGGGUGAAGAGUAUUACUGUGAGGUAUGAGAUUGGGUAGGUGCUGGUAGGUAGGUUCGCAGUUGAGAAAUUAGGGACUGCGAAUUGGAGAAGGUGCAGCUUUUGGAGUUGAUAAAUUCUGCGGGCAAUGCCUGCUAGGUUUUAGGGAUUCGCUUAACGGUUGUUGAUUUUCGCAUUCUAUCUAAAGCUCACUAGAGAUAGAUGGCGCUCGUGCUUACUUUUGGUUACCAAACAGUACUCUAAAUGAUAGUAGAAU